AUGCUAGCCAUGAGAGCGCAUAUUGGGAUGAAGCUUUCUGGUUUGAUUCUUGCAAUUCUUUGCACUUUAUGGAUACCUUCAAUAGCAAGGUCAGAAAUCAAUAGUCUGUCCAUAAUUGAAGACAUGGCCAUGAAAUCGAGGUACGACAAAUGGCUGGAACAUAAUGGUCGAAAAUACGACACUAGAGAUGAAUAUUUAUUGCGGUUUGGAAUUUACCAUUCCAAUGUUCAGUUCAUCCAAUACAUCAAUUCUCAGAACUUGUCAUUCAAGCUCACCGACAACAAAUUUGCAGACUUGACUAAUGAUGAGUUCAAAUCUAUCUACCUCGGUUUUCAGCCGAGAAAAUAUAAAAGAACUAACCCUAGCUACAGAUAUGAAAAUCACACGGAGGUGCCAGACACCAAAGACUGGAGACAGGAAGGUGCUGUGACCCCAAUUAAGGAUCAAGGCCAAUGUGGGAGUUGCUGGGCUUUUUCUGCAGUAGCAGCUGUGGAAGGCAUUAACAAAAUUAAGACGGGAACUUUAGUAUCUCUAUCAGAACAAGAGCUUAUAGACUGCGAUGUAGCGGGUUCUAACAAGGGAUGCAGUGGUGGAUUCAUGGAAAAAGCAUUUACAUUUAUUAAAAGCAAUGGGGGACUGACCACUGAAAAUGACUAUCCUUAUAAGGGAACAGAUGGCACUUGUGAAAAAUCAAAGACUGCUAACCAUGCAGCAACAGUUAGUGGCUACGAAACAGUACCCAUCAAUAGUGAGACUAGCCUACAAGCGGCAGUUUCCAAACAGCCUGUAUCUGUUGCAAUUGAUGCCAGUGGUUAUCCGUUUCAACUCUAUUCAUCAGGUAUCUUAAGCGGCUUUUGUGGAGUCGAACUCAAUCAUGGAGUUACAGCAGUUGGCUAUGGAGCCAGUGAUGGUCAUAAGUAUUGGCUAGUGAAAAACUCAUGGGGCACAAAAUGGGGCGAGUCUGGCUAUGUAAGGAUGAAGCGUGGUUCCACCGACAAAAAAGGUAUGUGUGGCAUUGCCGCGGAUGCUAGCUACCCUAUCAAGGAUUAAGCAAGCUUUAAGGAUAUACUAGGCAGUCCUAGUUGUAGGAUGAUUGGAGGAUGACUAAAAGGAUGCUUAAUAGAUGGUAUUACAUAUAAGUUCAUGCAAAAGAUACUUUUGGAGUCUUGUAUUUAAGAAUAAAUGAAAUACAAUGAAGGAUGAUAGUAAAAAUCAUGCCCAAAGCAUAAGAAAAUGGGUGAUAGAAAUUCCUUGUAUUGCAGAAAUACAACUACAAAAUGGUACAUAAAACUUGUUUUUAUAAUUUA